GCAACACCAAGCUCUACUUCGCUCUGCUCGUCUCCAGAGGGAAACGGUUGUUGUCGUCGUUGUGUAAAGACAAGGUCGCGUCCAGGGAAUAAGGGGAAGCUGCCAUGUCCGACCAGCACCUGAAAUCUCAAAGAAAAGAGAAGAGGACCGGCAAGGUGCCCUCAGAGGGCGGCCAUCUGGUCAGAAGCAAAGACACAACUGGCAGGACCAAAGACUCCAUAAGUACUGUGUCGUACUUAGAUGAACUAGCACACCAUGAUGAUGCCCGGAUGGUCAUAACGAUGGAGAACACCUUCCAGCUGGGACCUCUCAAACGCAUCCCCAUUCCUGCCGUCACAGAAAUACUGAAGGAUGUGCUUACCAAUUACCUUCAAGAGGAGAAAUAUGAAGUAGAAUGGUCUCAAAAAAUGACAAAAACAAUAUGUGAGGUGAUAAGAGCCCGAGUGAAAGAGCUCAUGAUUCCCCGAUAUAAGAUUGUCGUCCUGGUCCACAUCGGCCAGCUCACCGGGCAGAGCAUGCAAAUCAGCAGCCGCUGUCUGUGGGAUGCAUCUAAUGACACCGUGGCCUCCUACUCCUUCAAGAACAGCUCUUUGUUUGGUUUGGCAACUGUCUACGCUGUUUACUUUGAGUGAAUUAAGCAGAUAAUAAAUAGACUGACACUGGUUAUGCUUUUCUUGAUAACUAAAGAUUGCUGCUGUUGAAGAGUUUUGUUUCUAUGUUGUAUAUUUUACCAUGUAUAAAAUGAUAAAACAAGAA